GACACACACACACACACGCACACGCACGGUCAUCACAUCACUGUCCACUUCCACAAAAUUAACUUUAACAAGAAGACCCGAAAGUUGGGCUCUACGUGGAACUAUGGACGUUGAAUCCAGAAUGCUGCUGUUGCUGAUCCUGUUGUUGAAUAUUACAGUUUCAGUAUCAGCUAUCCAGCACGUGAAAGUGUCAUGCCGUAAUGAGAUCUGUGCUCUGAAGGAGUCAUCUGUAAACCUGAAGUGUUCGUACUCAAAUAUCAACAUCACCACUGGCUUCUGGUUCAGCCUAAAGGACAAAGCUAAAUGGAGGAAGGAGGAACAGCCAGAGGACUUAGCUUUAGACUCAGACUAUGCAGGACGUGUGAGCUACACAGAGAUGACAAACUUCAGCUCGACUCUUACAAUAACAGACCUGAGAGAGAGAGACUCAGGGGAAUAUCGCCUCAUGUUCUUUACGGAUAAAGGAGAGAAAUAUCUGAGCUCAGCUGGAGUUACUCUAACAGUUACAGACCUGCAGGUGACCCGUGACUCCACAGAACAAGCUCUAACCUGCCGCACUUCCUGUCUUCUGACCUCUGCUCCCCACCAGUACUACUGGUACAGGAAUGGACAAUACUUAAAGAAAUACACAGACAACAUGGAAACUUUCCCUUUAAGAAAUGCUGAAGAUGGCAGUUACUCCUGCUCUUUUCAUGGUUAUAACAAUAUUCACUCUCCUCCACUGUGUGUUAACAGGAACUGUUUGAGUGUGACCUACCCAGAGAAAAGAGUGUGUGUUUUGGAAGGGUCUUCAGUAGAAUUUGCUGGCAGUUACUCACAUCCCAGUGAUCAGCGUGUUAGUAAAGCAUUCUGGCAUUCUCAUAAGGACUUCCAGGACCUGAAGCAGGAAACGCAGUUUACUAAUCGAGUCGAAUAUGUGAACAAAAACAGAAGCUGCACUUUGAAAAUGAACCAGCUGACAAAGAAAGACUCGGGAGAAUAUUGCCUUAGAUUAGCUUAUAAUGAUAAAGGUCUCUUCUCUGGUAGACCUGGAGUGGUUCUGAGUGUUACAGAUCUGCAGGUAAGAGUGAGUCACUCUGCAGUGGCAUCAGAAGGACAGACUAGAGUAACGCUGAGCUGCAUCGCCUCCUGCACUCUGUCUAACAACCCCACUUACAUGUGGUACAAGAACGGACAGCCUGUUACUAACAAACUCACCAAACGCAACAAGCUCUACCUGAACUCCAGUGAAGAUGCAGGCGACUACUCCUGUGCCGUGAGAGGACGUGAGGAUCUCCGGUCUCCUGAACAAACUGGGACACUUUUUUCAGGUGACAAGCAGAGCUUAGAUGAGGCGUCGAAGCUUGCCGUAUGGGGAGCUGCUGCACUCGUUGCUGCUCUGCUUCUCUCUUUUCUUACUGCCGUUCUGUGCAUUAAGAGGAAGAGAGGAGCAGAGACAGACACAGACAUUCAGAGUGUUCCAAAGCCUGGAGAGGACACAUACACAGCACUGAACCCCAUGACUAUGUCCCCAGAUUAUGACACUCUGCAAAAUGUUCAAGGCUCUGCCAGUGACACUUACACAACUCUGAACCCUGCAACCAUGUCCUCUGACUAUGAUACGCUGAGGAAUGUUCAAGGCUCUGCCAGUGACACUUACACAACUCUGAACCCUGCAACCAUGUCCUCUGACUAUGAUACGCUGAGGAAUGUUCAAGGCUCUGCCAGUGACACUUACACAACUCUGAACCCUGCAACCAUGUCCUCUGACUAUGAUACGCUGAGGAAUGUUCAAGGCUCUGCCAGUGACACUUACACAACUCUGAACCCUGCAACCAUGUCCUCUGACUAUGAUACGCUGAGGAAUGUUCAAGGCUCUGCCAGUGACACUUACACAACUCUGAACCCUGCAACCAUGUCCUCUGACUAUGAUACGCUGAGGAAGUGACAUGUUCAGAUGCUUGAAACCUGUAACCACGUCCUCUGAGAGAUGUGGCUACUCUGCUCAGUGAGGAGAAGUACUCCAGAACUGAAGAAUGAUAACUAACAGUUGAGUUUGGUUUGUGACUUUACAUUCAGCAUCAUGAACAGCACAGGAAGGAUGCUCAGGGUGAGAGGUUUAGGAUUAGAUUUUAGGAUUAGAGUUAAUCAACAUUAAGACGUCACAACAAACUAAAUUCUGUCUUAAGUAUGUGUCGUUCGCUUAUGUUAUUCAGGCAGCUCCUUUGGUUUCUCAGUUGUCAUUCUGCACAUUAGUAUAUUUUAUACAUAUUGUAUAUAGCUCUACAGCUUUUCUUCAUUGUCAUCCCUUCACUCUUUAACUGACCUCUGUUCAUCUCUGGUCAUGCUAACAUCGGAUUUAAUCAGUUAAAUAAUCACUGAAUGAAUCAGUUGAUUCUGAUCUGUUGGAUAAAUUUCUUGUUACUUUCUUUUUUAUUCAUUUAACUAAACAUUUUUACAACUUUGUUUGCUGUCAUCUGAUCCAGUAUUUGUCAUUUUCAUGUGUUGUAAACUGUAGUGAAAAGCUGGAUAAUGAGAAUUCAAUUAUGUUGGAUAAAAGGUUUUUAUUUACAAAAAUAAAAUUGUGCUGGUGAAAUUUUACAAGAAUGAACACUGUA